CAGUAGCCUCUCGAUUUCGCCUCUCUCCAAGGAAACGGCAAUGGGGUUGGUGCUGAAUGCAGCGGUGGGGAGAGGAUGGACGACUGGUUCGGGGCUGGAAGGUCCUCCUGUUCCUGCAGAGACAGAGUCGAGCUCAGAGGACACCUCCACAUUACCAUUUUCGCUCUUCACCAAGUCUCCUCGGAGGAGGAUGCUUGUUGCAUUCACGUGUAACAUCUGUAGGCAACGGACAACCCGGGCAAUCAAUCCUCAUGCAUAUACAGACGGGACGGUCUUCGUGCAGUGUUGUGGAUGCAAUGCAUAUCACAAGCUUGUGGAUAAUCUUAACUUGUUUCACGAGAUGAACUGCUAUAUUAAUUCCAGUUUCAACUACAGUGGCCCUAACCUGGAUGUAAAUUUCAACUUUCUUGAUGGUGAUGAUGGCGAAGAUGACUUGUUCUCUCCUUGAUGAGGCAAGUUUUGUGCUUUGAACAGCUGUAUAGUCUACAAUACACAUACAGCAAAAUCCAAUUAGCUGUAAUUUCUAAUUCAUGUGAAUAUUCAGUAGAUAUUUAUAUGAUCAUGUCUUCUGAGUAAAGCUGGAACGUGCAUGAUGUUA